AGGAUCAAUCCGAAGCCCCUCUGCUCAGUCCUCAAGGUUCCCACGGAACCAUAAGUGGGAGCGUCUUACUAUCCUGCGAUGCAACCCGAAACAGCGAAUGUGAGGACUCUGCCAUCGACUUAAGCCGUGUUUUUCCUACUGUUCUGCAGAAAGAUUGCAAGAUGGGUGACGGGCGAGGUUUAUAAUCACAGCCACCUUGGCAGGACCCCAGAACACGGUGAUCAGGUUUCAUAGACGUAGGUUCAAUUAAAAUAGACCGCUACUACCGGAAACGGAAAGCCUGGUGCCGGCUGGCGAGUGGACGCGGAACCGGAAGCGGAAGGUGAAAAUUGCGUUUGGUGGCUCCCGGUAUGGCUGAGGCGGUGGGUGUUGCGGCCGAAUCCCUUGCGGGAGACAGGGCGCGGGCGGCGCGCACUGUGCUAGAUCAGGUGGUGCUCCCGGGUGAGGAACUGCUGCUGCCCGAGCAGGAGGACGCUGAAGGCCCAGGAGGUGCUGGGGAGCGACCGCUGCGCCUGAAUGCGGGGACGCGCUCCCGGGGGCGCGUUGUGUGCGGCCCGGGCUUGCGGCGCUGUGGCGACCGCCUGCUGGUCACCAAGUGCGGCCGCCUCCGUCACAAGGAGCCCGGCGGCAGCAGCGGCGGUGGCGUUUACUGGGUGGACUCACAGCAGAAACGGUAUGUCCCAGUGAAAGGAGACCAUGUGAUCGGCAUAGUGACAGCUAAAUCUGGAGAUAUAUUCAAAGUUGAUGUUGGAGGGAGUGAGCCAGCAUCUUUGUCUUACUUGGCAUUUGAAGGUGCAACUAAAAGAAACAGACCAAAUGUGCAGGUUGGAGAUCUCAUCUAUGGCCAAUUUGUGGUUGCUAAUAAAGAUAUGGAACCAGAAAUGGUCUGUAUUGACAGCUGUGGACGAGCCAGUGGAAUGGGGGUGAUCGGACAGGACGGUCUGCUUUUUAAAGUGACUUUGGGCUUAAUUAGAAAGCUUCUGGCUCCAGACUGUGAAAUCCUACAAGAAGUGGGAAAACUCUACCCACUGGAGAUAGUAUUUGGGAUGAAUGGAAGAAUAUGGGUUAAGGCAAAAACCAUUCAGCAGACCUUAAUUCUGGCAAACAUUUUAGAAGCUUGUGAACACAUGACAGCAGAUCAAAGAAAACAGAUCUUCUCCAGAUUGGCAGAAAGUUAGAUGGAAUUUUUUACAGGUCAUUUGACCCAAGAGACAGUGGGUUUCCUGGGGAAAAAUUUUUCAGGGGAACCUCUCCCCAUUAAAAUACGUUCAGAAGACAAAAUGUGAAUGUACAUAAACUGUCUUAUUAAAGUCCUAAAUAAAAUAUUUUUAUAAAAAUGUUACUCAUUGCCACCCA